AUGUACCGUGGGGCUGCUCACAAUAUAUGCAACCUGAAGUACAGAAUUACAUGGAAAGUGCCUGUGGUCUUCCACAACCUGAGAGGUUAUGAUAGUCAUCUGAUUAUGCAGGAAAUUGGUAAGUUCAAGAUGGAUGUUAAUGUGAUUCCAAAUAAUAUGGAAAAAUACAUCUCAUUCUCACUGGGUAAGAAUCUGGUCUUCAUAGACUCUAUACAGUUCAUGGCUUCUUCACUGGAAGCACUGGUAAGUAACCUUUCACCUGAGGACUUCAGGAUAGUAGGUAAGAGGUGGAAGGGCGAGGACUUCAAUCUAGUGACACAAAAAGGAGUCUUUCCAUAUGAAUUCUUGGAUGACAUUAGCAAACUCAAUACAGAAGGUCUUCCGAGUAGAGAUAAGUUUUACUCAUCACUGUACGAGUCAGAGGUUAACGAAGAAGAUUACCAAAAAGCUCAAAAAGUAUGGGACCACUUUGGAAUGAAAACCAUGAGAGACUACCACGAUCUCUACCUGGAGACUGACGUUCUUCUGCUGGCUGAUGUGUUUGAAAACUUCAGGAGAACAUGUCUGGAAAGUUAUGAACUUGACCCCGCACAUUACAUGUCAGCACCUAGUCUGGGACGCUUUCCUGAAAAAGUCAGGUGA